UGGCAAAUCCAGACGCCCCCGCCAAGAAACUGGUUCCGAAUCCAACAGAACCCAGCGCCCAGCGACGCCGGGUCACGUGGCCGGCGGCCCUCAUGACGUGCGGGCUGCGAGGCGUCACUGUGAAGUUCGGGCGACCUGCUGAGUGGCCGGGCUACGUGCGUCACCUGUGCGGGCGCGGUGCUGCCAUGGACCUGGGACCGAUGCGCAAGAGUUACCGCGGGGACCGAGAGGCUUUUGAGGAGGCUCAUCUGACCUCCCUGGACCCCAUGAAGCAGUUCGCUGCCUGGUUCGAGGAGGCUGUCCAGUGUCCUGACAUAGGGGAAGCCAACGCCAUGUGUCUGGCCACCUGCACCAGGGACGGGAAGCCCUCUGCCCGCAUGUUGCUGCUGAAGGGCUUUGGCAAGGACGGCUUCCGCUUCUUCACCAACUUCGAGAGUCGCAAAGGAAAGGAGCUGGACUCGAAUCCCUUCGCGUCCCUCGUCUUCUACUGGGAGCCCCUAAACCGUCAGGUGCGCGUGGAGGGCCCCGUGAAGAAGCUGCCUGAGGAGGAGGCUGAGAGCUACUUCCACUCCCGUCCCAAGAGCAGCCAGAUCGGAGCUGUGGUCAGUCAGCAGAGCUCGGUGAUCCCCGACCGGGAGUAUCUGAGAAAGAAGAAUGAGGAACUGGAGCAGCUCUACAGGGAGCAAGAGGUGCCCAAGCCAAAAUACUGGGGCGGCUACCUCCUGUGCCCACAGGUGAUGGAGUUCUGGCAAGGCCAGACCAACCGCCUGCAUGACCGGAUUGUCUUUCGGCGCGGCCAGCCCGCGGGCGAUGCGGCGCUGGGGCCCAUGACCCGGCGCGGGGAGGAAGGCUGGCUCUACGAGAGACUCGCGCCUUGACCGCUGCGGCGGCGCUGGGGCUCGGUGCCGAGAGAGGCUGUGUGCUGGGGAGCCAGGCCCUUUGUGAACUCCGCUUCCUCCCCACCCUGACGUGUGGGGCUCCUCAGGGCCGGGCCUCUGAGCUCGCUGUACUCGCUGGCUCCCAGCUGGCUGCUCGCGUGAGUGUAACGGUGCUGUAGAGAAUCAUGGAGGGGGAGUGGUAAUUCCGUGAUGAUUUUCUUGACCUUGCUUAGGGUGUAUUGGACUAGCUCUCUCCAGGGGUGACUGGCUGAGACUCCCCUUCAGGUGAUGAGGUGAGCCCCUGCCCCAGCAGCCUUGUCUGUCACCCCGGAAUCCCACUGGUCAGAGCCGACUGGCCCCGGCCUAGGCACCGGAGCCAAUCUAGCCAAUCAGAUCUUCUUGCCAAUAAUUUGAUCUUUGACAUGGAGAGACCCGAGGCCUUGGGAGUCGUUAACUUCUGGCUGCUGAAAUCCCCAGGCCACCCUGGAACCUUCCUUCCCACACCGGGGCUGUGCAAUUUCUCCUCCUGCCUCAACACACCCGCUGCUCCCACUCAGCUCCUUCAAGUGUGUGCUUGAACUUGAACUGAGUUCCGCUGGUUACAACUAAAAGAGCCUGAACUCACUUCCUGGUGGGAUGUUUCUGUGGCAUCUGCCCCACUUCAUUUCUGCCUUCUGUUAUUUGAAGCACAUCAAUAAGCAAAACAGUAAAUUUCUUCUCUGUGGCUCCCGGGGACCCACAAUUGGGAACUGCAGGGAAGCUGUCACCUCAGCACUGUGAGAGAUUUCAGCUGAUCUGAACUUCCCGGGAGCAGGAGCGGGUGGGCUGUCUGUAGGGUGGUGGGGGUCCUGUCCCCAGAGCCCCUCAAUCCCAGUGAGCCAGGAACUCUGGAAGGGAUUCAUGUGCUGCUACCUAAAGGCCAGGACGAUUUUAAUCAAGUUUUACAGUCCAUGUUUGCUCAUAGAGCCUGUGUGUGCGCGUGUGUGUGUGUUCAUAUGUGUAUUGAAUUUUCCAAAUAUAAAAUUAAAUUAUUGUUGAGCUUCUGCUUUUCAGGUUACUCACACACCCCCUUUUCCCUACUCCCCGCCUCUGCUGGUGAUGAUGCUGGGAUUACCUGGGUCUCCCUGGGCAGUGGCCCAGGGGGUUCCGUGCAGCCACGGUCACCAGCGCCUGCGAGAGCCGUGCUGCGGGCCGUGUGGUCCAGCAGCCCUUUGGAAGCCCAUUCGAGAGCCUGGCGCCCACCCCCAGCCCCAGUGAACCCAGUCCUGCAAUUAAACAAGCCCCCAGGUGACGUGAGGCACUGACAUCAACCUCCCAACCUGCGACCUCCCCCCACCCCACCCCAUUUGUGAUGCUUCAUAAACCCUUGGCCUCGUCCUGUGCUGAACUGUCCUGCGUAUCUGCUUUCCUUGAGCACAAGCCUGCUGGCUACAGAGGAGCCAGGCUGGGUACAUGUUUGCUGUGACUAAGCCAGGAUCGGAAAACUGACUUGCACUGGCUGCCAUUGAACUUACUACUCUACAGACCGUGCUUCCUUCCCCUCAAUGGACGUGGGUUUCAGGGCCCCUCCGAGGGCAGCCCCUCCUGUGUGGACGCCCCUAGGACCUGAGUGUAGCGUUUGCCCUGGCUGCUUCACCUUAUCCUGCCUGUUCAGUGCUGUGCUGAGGGUUGUGACUUUUAGUGAAGGCACAUGUUCUUGUGGGUGUGAAGUGUUCCCUUCCCGUUACUGGGGGCUGUGUGUCCCCCCAGCUUUGAGGCUAAUCUCAGCUCUUCGUUUCUAGUUCUCUGUCAAUCACUGUACCAAAUCUGUAAUAAAGCCCGUCAACCGUG